AAGUGAAAUGUCUCCCACAAAGCAGCAUAGAAAGAACGCGAAAUAAAUAUGAAGAAGCAUUGAAAGACAUAAACCGAUACAUGAAAGAAAUAGAUACACCUGGAAAGUUUAGCGCGAAGACAAUCGCAUGGCUCAAACAAAUAGCGAAUGCAGAUAAGUGGGAGAAAAAAUUAAAAAAAAGACAAAGGCCCUCUCCAUUCUCGGAAGAUACCCCGGAACAGUAUAAAAAAUUAGUUGAGCAGGCAUGGGAUCACGAUUUUAAUAGCCGUCCAUCAAUUAAAAAAAUGAAAAAACAACUUAAAAAUAUAAAAAAUGAUGAAAAUGAACUAAGGAUACUAAAUCGAAAUGAUUCGGAAACGUCCUUGUCCUCUGCUAUGUCCAUUGACGUUCCCGUUGUACCUAACAAGAAGAACAACUCAGCGGAUGCACCGUCACCAAAGUCAUUAAAUAUUUAUGAAGCAAUAUCUCUUCACAAUAGGGGACAAUACAAGGAAGCUUUGCCUCAUUUUAAAUCACUGGCACAAAACGGCAACCCUGAAGCUGCAUAUUAUGCCGGCCUUUAUUUCUACGAAGGAACUUAUGGAAUUGGUAAAGAUGAAAUUAGAGCUUUACUAUUCCUUGGAAGAUCUGCUGAGGGUGACUAUGCACGAGGUCAAUACCUAUACGCUCAUGCCUGUCUCAAAGGGACCUAUCAUUCUGAGGAGGAAGAAUCUGAUUUUCCUGUCAGCAAUGACGAUUACAUGUAUUAUUUGCAAAAGGCAGCGGAAAAUGGAUCUAAAGAGGCACAAAAGGACAU